UGUGGGCGAGAGAGUGAGCCGGCGCGAGAGGAGAGAGAGAAAAUAUCAGGUUUUUCCCGUAAAAAAAUACCAGUAACAGGAAACUAGACGCUAACCCUAGUUUUCAUCGUCUCUCUCUCUCUCUCAAUCCAGACUCACGUGAUGUACGAUGAGCAUCUUCGAAACCUCAUACCAGAGCUCUAGUUCUCUCAUCUGAACAUAUCCGUAUACACCUAUACACACACACUGGUCAUGUAUAAUAGAGAUCGAGGCGGAGGCGGUGGUGGAUCCUCCAAGGCCGAGAGCGUCGGUGGGCCGUUGGAUCGAAAGCGGAUCAACGACGCCUUAGACAAGCACCUGGAGAAGUCGUCGCCGUCGAAUUCGACGCGGGGAUUAUUGAGCACCAAGGAUAAGGAGAGGAUAGUGUCGAUGCCCUCGACUUCUUCCGGCAAGUCGCAGCCGGUCGAUCGCUCUCUCCCUUCGAAGAACAAGUGCUCGGAUGAAGAAUCUGAUACAGACAGUGAAGAGUCUGAUGUCAGUGGUUCUGAAGGGGAUGACACAUCUUGGAUUUCUUGGUUUUGCAAUCUGCGAGGAAAUGAAUUUUUCUGCGAAGUUGAUGAUGAGUACAUCCAAGAUGAUUUCAAUCUUUGUGGGCUGAGCAGCCAAGUUCCGUAUUACGACUAUGCCCUGGAUCUAAUUUUGGACGUUGAGUCCUCUCAUGGUGACAUGUUUACUGAAGAGCAGAAUGAGUUGGUUGAAUCAGCAGCAGAGAUGCUGUAUGGAAUGAUACAUGUUAGAUACAUAUUAACUACCAAGGGAAUGGCAGCAAUGUUGGAGAAGUACAAAAAUUAUGACUUUGGGAGAUGCCCAAGAGUAUAUUGCUGUGGACAACCCUGCCUUCCAGUUGGUCAAUCAGACAUUCCGCGUUCAAGUACUGUAAAAAUAUACUGUCCCAAAUGUGAAGAUAUUUACUACCCUCGCUCCAAGUACCAAGGCAAUAUUGAUGGAGCUUAUUUUGGAACUACAUUCCCCCACCUCUUCUUGAUGACAUACGGGCAUCUCAAGCCACAAAAAGCCACACAGAGCUAUGUUCCAAGAGUAUUUGGCUUCAAGAUUCACAAGGCGUGAUACAACAAAAUACCCUCUGCAGGAGAUUGCUAAUUUCUGCGACAAGUGAUUCUCGUCUUGUUUCUGCUGAUGUACUAGUUCUAUAACCAGCGAGGUAAACUGCAGCAUUUCCAAAGAACAGUAAUUCAUUAAACAGAUAUUCAUUAAACGAUGAAAAAUCAUGUCUGGCUUGUAUGUUGAGGACUUGUCUUUUCAAUGUAUCGGUGAAUUCAACAGACCAUGUUUUCUCUUUUUCCAGUGUCCAGAAUUGUUGGAUGUGAUUUCCUUUAUAGGUCUGUUCAUCUGUCUUGUAUUUCUUACUAUAUUCAGAGUACUUGUCAUGUAAUGGGUUAGAUUUAGAUUCAAGGCAGGGUUAUCUGUGUCUGGAUGAUCUGUGUUUCGUGAUGUAAUCCUGUGAAGCCAUUUGGUUGAAGGUAGAGGUUAGCUAUAUGUAGAAUUUUUAUUGUUAGAACACAUGAAACUUUCUUGUUUUGCUCA